GCGGUACUUCCUGAGUUUAGGGAAGGGGCUUGGUCCCGUGCCCGCGCCGCGCGAACGCGCAUCAAAUUAGCAUCGAUGAAGUUUGUGCGAACAUGGCGGACUUCCUGCCGACCAGGUCCGUGCUAAAAGUUUGUCUCCCCGUCUGCCUGCUCAACAACGGCGAGGUGGAGCAGCUGCGAAGGUCCAAGGAGAUCGACAGAUGCCUCUCCCGGGAGAAAACGUACGUGAAGCGGCUGGUGAAGAUCCUGCUGCUCGGCGCGGGCGAGAGCGGCAAGUCGACUUUCCUCAAACAAAUGCGGAUCAUCCACGGCCAGGACUUCGACCAGCAAGCCCGGGAGGAGUUCCGAGCCACGAUAUACAGCAACGUUAUCAAAGGGGUCCGGGUGCUGGUGGACGCCCGGGAGAAGCUGCACAUCGCGUGGGGCGACCCGGACAACCAGAAGCACGGCGACAGCCUGAUGGCGUUCGACACCCGCUCGGCCAAGAUGGCCAGCGGGCAGCUGGAGACGCCGCUCUUCCUGCGCUACCUGCCCGCCAUCAAGGCCCUGUGGGCCGACUCGGGCAUCCAGAACGCCUACGACCGCCGCCGGGAGUUCCAGCUGGGUGAGUCAGUGAAGUAUUUCUUGGAUGAUCUGGAUAAGCUCGGCGAGCCGGAUUACCUCCCCAGCCAGCAGGACAUCCUGCUGGCUCGUAAACCCACCAAGGGCAUCCACGAGUACGACUUCGAGGUGAAGAACGUCCCCUUCAAGAUGGUGGACGUGGGCGGGCAGCGGUCGGAGCGGCGGCGCUGGUUCGAGUGCUUCGACUCCGUCACCUCCAUCCUCUUCCUCGUCUCCUCCUCCGAGUACGAUCAGGUGCUGAUGGAGGACCGGCAGACCAACCGGCUCCGCGAGUCGCUCAACAUCUUCGAGACCAUCGUCAACAACCGCGUCUUCGUCAACGUCUCCAUCAUCCUCUUCCUCAACAAGACGGACCUGCUGGAGGAGAAGGUGAAGAGCGUGGCGCUCAAGGACUACUUCCCGGACUACGCCGGGCCGGAGCACAGCCUGCCCGACGUGCAGGCCUUCAUGGUGGAGUGCUUCCGGGCCAAGCGGCGCGACGCCACCCAGAAGCCGCUGUACCACCACUUCACCACCGCCAUCAACACCGAGAACAUCAAGCUGGUGUUCCGGGACGUCAAGGACACCAUCCUGCACGACAACCUCAAGCAGCUCAUGCUGCAAUGACCCGCGGCUCCCCUGUGGACAUAGAGAACCCCGCCGGGGACGGACCCCGCCCCCCCAGGGGGCGGAGCAGCCUCAGAAGAAUCGCCUUCACGUGUUUUUUUUUUUAUUAGUUUUUACUGUCCUCCCUGAAGAGUCGGCCCUCUUGUUGGUUCAGGAUUUCAGUGGGAGGAGUCGGUCGGGCAGACUGCGGUCAGAAACGCCGUCUUGGUCCAGCAGAGCGUCUGGUCGCAGCUCCCGCCCGGCGACGGUGCUGGCGACGAUCCGUCUCCAGUCCUCCAGAGGAGGGCCUGUCGGACAUCCUGCUCUUCCACCUGGCUCCAGCACGGGCCGCCUGUGGGCGAGAAGACCGCCGGCAGAGGGCGAAACCACCAGACUGAACCUCCAGAGCCGCUCCGCAUCAUUUCCCAGGACCUGAUCACUCCUCUAAUCAGACCCAUCGGUCUCCUCUCGCUUCUGAUCGAUCGGAGCGUCGAACACACAGUCAGUCCGCCGUUUUCUCAGGGUUGAAUCAAAGCUGAUGGUUAAGCUGAUGAUGUGAUUGUUGAACUAACUGAAUAAUCUGACCUUUAAUCUGGGCGGUGCCACUCAGAAUCCCCCCGUCUGCCUUCUUCAUUUUCAACUAGAUGCCUUGUAGAGGGACGGGGACCCCCUCCCUCCCCCCCUCCCCCUCCUGUGUUGCCUGAAUGUCUGUUAAUAACUGUACAGAGAGUGUCUGAAUAUACUGUAACGGCGCGGUGGUGAGAUGGACCCCGUCAUGUGAGAUGAUCUGUUUUGGCACUGAGUCGCGUCUUUGGAA